AUGUCUGAACAUCUUUUGGAGGAGUUCCCUCCUGGUACUCUUCGUUUGGAAAACCGAAACGCAUCGGUCGGCGAGCUCAUUCUUAACCCCACUCCUUCGAGUGACCCUGAUGACCCCCUGAACUGGUCUCCUCUCAGAAAGGCUGUCAACUUCGGAUUGACCUGCUCAUAUGUCCUGUUUACUUUUGUUUUGAUCGACGUCAACAGUCUAUGUUACCGUUGGUACAUUUCCGAAUUGGGGUUGGACUAUGGAACCUUCAACCGAGCCAGUGGUACCAACUUCGCGGGAUUAGCAGUUGGGGCUCUUUUUUUCAUGCCACUAGUGCAUAAGUACGGCCGUCGCCCAGUGUAUCUUAUCAGUGCAGUUCUACAGCUUAUCUGCGCUAUUUGGUGGGCAAACUUCCACCAUGCUGGAGAAUUGAUCGCCGUGAGUUUACUUGCUGGUCUGGCAGGCUCCAUCAGUGAGGCUCUUGUCAUGAUCACAAUCGUGGAUCUCUUUUUUGUCCAUCAGCAUGCCCGUAUGAAUGGUAUUUUUAUCUUCAUGCAGAGCCUUGGGACCACUGGUGGACCUAUUGCCGCCGGGUAUGUCGUUGUCAGCAUGGGCUGGAGAUGGAUGUGGUGGUUAAUCGCUAUAUUCCUCGGAGUUAACCUGAUUCUCGUCUUGUUCUUCUUCGAGGAGUCGAAGUAUAUACCAACAAUAGUUGGACACUCAGGAUCCAAAGCCACCACGACUACAGAGAGUAAGAAUCCAGAAGAGAAAAUUUCAGAGCAGCCAGAACAACUUAACCCAUCGCGAAAUCUAUCAAUUAGCUCUCAAGGCAAAAGAAAGACGAUCCGCCAAAGACUUGCUUUCAUUACCAAGACUAAUCAGCCAAUCACUCAACAUUUCUACCAGCCUCUCAUUAUUCUGGUCACCUUUCCAGCAGUGGCAUUCACAGCGAUAACAUACGGCUGUCUUCUUGCGUUCUUUUCGGCAAAUGCCUCUGCAGGGUCCUACUUCCUCAUUUAUCCGCCAUACGACUUUGGCGCGGCGGCUAUCGGCUUAUUCCAUUUGGGUGGGUUUAUUGGCUGCAUAAUUGCAACAUUGACUGUUCCGUUUUUUAAUGACUGGCUCAUUGUAUGGCUUGCCAAUCGAAAUGGAGGCGUUUUCGAAGCAGAGAUGCGUCUUUGGACAAUGAUUCCGGCAGCGGCGUUCAACUGUGUCGGAUUACUCGCUUUCGGGAUUGGCCUCGGUCGGGGCCUCCCCUGGAUAAUUCUCGCCGUUGGUCAGGCAUUCUUCGGCUUUGGUUUUAUUGUUACCGCGGAUGCCGCAUUGACGUAUCUGACUGACUGUUAUCCCGAUAUUUUGAGUGAUGCUCUUAUAGCCGUCGUGUUCAUCCGGAAUGGUUUAGCCAUGGUUAUCAGAUUUGCUUUUACCGAUUGGCUUGCAGGAAUGGGAAUCGAGAACACGUUCAUUCUCAUCGGAGUCAUUGCCAUCGCUCUGUCAGCUUUGCCUGUCAUCCUUAUGGUCUACGGCAAGGGUUCAAGAGUGAGGUCAAGUGCGAAGUAUAAGAAGUUUGCUUCCCGUCAGCAGGUCCAGAGGAUGAUUUGA